AAAAUACGAAACUACCAAUGUAUGGGGAGUUUCCAACAUGGCGACAUAACCCAAUGACAACAUGACGUGUAUUCGUAUUUCUGUAAUGCCGACUCGUUAGUUGAUUACUUCUGUGUGUGUCGUCUCAAAAAACAAAGAUGUCGGUUGCUUCGGAGGAAGAGGAGCAAGUGCUCACCGUUCAUAAGACAGAUAGUGCCACUAUCCUCAUAUUACUCGGGAUCCUCCUACUGACUAUUCUGACAAUCUGGCUAUUCAAACAUCGCCGGCUACGCUUUGUGCACGAGUCGGGUUUAUCCAUGAUCUACGGUAUGAUCGUAGGCAUGGUGAUCCGCUACGGGAGUUCAGCCAGCACAGAGACGCCCGAGGUGGAACUGACCAAUAAUGAGACAUUCUAUGCAUUUCAGCCACCGUCGUCUGUCAUCCUCAACCUAAAAACAGAAGAAAACUCCACAGAUAAACUACACUCUCUCAAGUACAAUCUGUGGGGAAUGGUCAACGAGAAUGAGCAAAUGGCUCCCAUCGUUCGUGCUGUUACCUUUGAUCCGGAAUUCUUUUUCAACAUAAUGCUGCCUUUUAUCAUCUUUGAAGCAGGUUACAGUAUGAAACGAAGGCAUUUUUUCCGAAACUUUGGAGCCAUAAUAGCGUAUGCCUUCGUUGGUACAACAAUAUCAUGCUGCGUAGUGGGUGGGAUAAUGUAUGGACUUACCAGGUUGAUGGAUAUCACUUUCACUUUAAAUGAUUGCUUUUUCUUUGGAGCGAUAAUCUCAGCUACCGAUCCAGUGACAGUGCUGGCCAUAUUUAGUGAUCUGAGGGUGGACGUCGACUUGUUUGCCUUAAUCUUUGGAGAGAGCGUUCUCAACGACGCUGUGGCCAUUGUCUUGUCUGAAUCCGUGGAGACCUAUGGGCAGUAUGCUAGCACAGGCUUCAGUGUUAAUGCGUUGUUCAAAUCCCUGGGAAGCUUUGUCGGAAUAUUUGCCGGAGCAUUUGCCAUUGGUUCAUUUAUUGGUUGUCUAACAGCUGUCAUUACUAAGUACACGAAGAUCCGUGACUUUCCUCUGUUGGAGACGGCCUUGUUCUUCCUCAUGUCCUAUAGCACAUUCCAAGCUGCAGAGGCUGCAGGUCUUACAGGAAUUGUAGCAGUGCUGUUCUGUGGGAUCACACAGGCCCAUUACACUUUUAACAACUUAUCUGUGGAAUCAAAGCAGAGAACAAAACAAUUAUUUGAACUGACCAAUUUCCUGGCAGAAAACUUUGUCUUUCUCUACGUGGGCGUGUCUAUAUUCACAUUCCACGCACAAAAGUGGCAUGCAGGGUUCAUCUUCUCCACAUUCCUUGCUAUUUUUGUAGCGAGAUUCUGUAAUGUAUAUCCGUUGUCUUUAUUGCUGAAUCUCGGCCGACGGAAAAAGAUCAAAAGUUCCUUCAUGAAUAUGAUGAUGUUUAGUGGUCUACGAGGAGCUAUUGCUUUUGCCCUGUCUAUCCGGAACACGUCGUCGGAGGCCAGGAGACUAAUGGUGUCCUCAACAAUGAUGGUUGUUUUAGUGACCGUCGUCAUCUGCGGCGGAUUUACCACUCCUAUGCUACAGUGGCUGCAGAUCAGGGUCGGGGUCGAAGAAGACCAGGAAGUGACGGACGGUUCCAGUAUUAGAACUUUUAGCUUGCCGCAGUUUAGCUUGCCGGAGUGUUCAUGCGUUCCGAGGGGUCUGUGUGGAUUGUGUUCGUCUCGAAAGGAGGAAUACUUAGAUGAAAGUAGCAUGCCUGAACUGCCAGAAUCCCCUCUACUUGAGGGAGGAUCCACCGUGGAGAUCAGUCAAGGCAAGAAGCCGCGUGAUGCCAAAGCUUGGCUGGUGGCUCAGUGGCAUAGCUUUGAUGUCAGAUUUAUGAAGCCGUUCCUGACCCACUGUCGGCCGACACUGAUGGAUACGUCACCAGCCUGUUGUAUGCCUCUAGCUCGUAUUCUUACUACAGUCGAACAGCUACAAGGGAGUGACCCUACCAAGGAUGCAGACUCUGAUAUAGAUAUGAUUAUAGACCACCGAGAACUAUCAAUAGGAGAAGAUACCGUAAGUACGGUGUCCCAGUCACAACCCUACAACAGCACGGAGCCCGUCUCACAGGUGGAUGUGUGGGUACAUUCCCAAGUCUCCCUAGAUGACCCUCCCCUGACCCCCUGACCUUAUGACCUCCGACCUAAGAUUCUAUUUCACCUGUGCUAAACACCUGUCAAC